AUGCAAGUCAAAUUCGAUCGUGCCCGUUAUUCAGCCACGACGUUGACGACCGCGGGCUGCGCCUUCCACGCUGUCAGAUAUGGGGUAUUGAGACCCCCCAUCUUCGCAUCAUCUUCAUCAUCUUCAAACCCAACAAACGGUCUACGAGCUUUCAAGGCUCCAGCUCAUAAACAUGCACAUCAUCUGCACUCUAUCCCUCCUAGGGAGAAAUCUACCCGAACUCUCAUAAUAGAUCAUAUGUUAUGGGUUCAUGGCCGAACCCGAUUUACCCAGGCCCGCGCUGAGCUCGGAAUGACCGACCGAACAGGAGGCCCUUCUUCGCCUAAUUAUCGUUACCGCGAACGCCCGGAGUCAUACGAGGAAGAAGAUGAAGCGUCAAGUGACGGUGAAAAUGUUGAAAUGCUCAAAGCCAGAGAGGGUGGUCCCAAUCAUCCUCAUAACGAGGAUGAGGACAAUCGUCGACAGAGACAGGACUUGACCCUGGCAAGGACUCUAAGACUCCGUGCUAUUGGUCUCGAGAAGGUCGUCACAUCAAUGCUCGACCAGCCUCCUCCUGUGCACCCAAUCCUCGAUGGCGAUCUGAAUACACCACCUACAUCCCCACAGCGUCCAGAAUCACAACACCACCCGCACACUCUUCCGAAUGGUGUUCGUUUACGGUUAGCGUUGGGGACUGUCAUCAAUGACUUAUUUGCACGUCAAGCCCCUCCCCCUGCAUACCGACACCAUCACCAUCCUCCACCAAUCAUUGUUUCUAGAGCUACUGGCAGCCUUCCCCCAUCAGUCGUCUUGCUUUCGCAGGUAUCAGCUGCAGCACUUUCUCAGACAUCUCUUAUUCCCAUGGGUGACUUUCGUGCACCUUCUCCACUGCAGGCACCACAAAUGAUGCAGUCUCGUUUCAUGCCCAGUAGCCGUGGCGCCGAUCCCUCCACCGCCAAUUCGCCCCCUGGCUUGCGGUGCCCACGACAUCUUCAUACUGGAUGUGACAUAUGUGUUGAAGCCAAACAUUCCGUCAAAGCACCGGGCGGAUCUGGCCGAGCACGCCCACCACCUACUGCAAUGGGCACCAGAAGCUUUGGAGACUGGGAAGGGGGACUAGGUGGCUCGAAUGGAAGUAUGGGUGGUAGUGGAGGUGGUAUCGCUGGCUGGCAAGAUGGCCCCGGUGUUGGAUCGGGCUUGGCUCAGCCGGGUGUGGAUGGCAGCGUAUUGCGCCGGAAGUCGAAGUGGUUCAUGACUGAAUCUGAAGAGGAACAGUCAGGUGCUGGCGCUGGGAACACUCGGCUGUCAGAGCUUAUUCCGCGCUUUUUGAGGCUUUCUGCCCUUCUUGGGGAUGAUGAGUAUGAAGGCGACUGGCAACGGGGUUCCGAAAUGUCCGCUCAAUUUCCGACUUCGCCUCGGCCCUCAUCCCGAAGAUCUCAAACCACCGAGUCGCGCUCUGCACCUCCUUUACGGCCUUCGCGAGAAUGGUAUAUGCUUCUCGCGAGCUUACUUUCCCGUGCUACCCUAGAGGGUUAUCUUACUGGAGGGUGGUGGGGUCUAGAGGCUGUUGAAUGCCUUUUAUCAGUUGGCUUGGGUAUCACCGACGAUGGGUUGGGUCAAGUCGAUUCAUCGGACGAUGCAGACUCUGCAUUCGCAUGGUUUGAACCAGACGAUUUACCUAGUCUCAAAGAAGCGACAAGAAUCAUGUUUCCGGCAUUGCGAGCUGCCCGAAACGGGACGCCCAUUCGAAGAGAGGGCGCCGAGGCUGAAUUUGAAGCUGAAAUGGAUGAGCGCCUCAGAAGGUUCUACACGAUACCGUCUUUGACGCCGGAUCUAUCCACCCACAUGGAGGAUCUGGCAUGGCAUUACCCUGCUGAGCCUGUUGAAAGGGCAGCACUACGCUUCUGUGAAGCAAUUGCAAAGUGGCGUGGUAAACCUGAACUCGAAACCUACAAAAAGAAACCACCAAAAGAUGUAGGAGGAUCUAGUAUGACCAUCGAAACUCUAGUACAUUCCAAUCCAACGAGUCCCACGAUGGGAGCGUACUCGAUUCAGCCAUCGAGAUCCCAAAGGCCUGCUAUCGAAAAAUAUUUCAUUGUACCGCCCUCGUACAUAGGAAGAGGCAAGCGCAGAAGAUCGGACGGUGAAGCCGAAUCAUCGAACAAGAGGGCCCAUGGGUGA